AACAUUUUCAGUUUGUUCAGGUAGAGUUUGCUUAAAAUGAAAGUGAGUAGUAGUGAUUUGUGAAAGGCAACAAAUGCCACAGCAAGUUUUGUACAAUAUUUUACUAUGAAGUUGGUGACUGUGAUUUUAAGCUUUAUAUGGAUCCUGCCUUUAACUCUGAGUGGAGACGCUCAUGUGACCUGUCUUUACUCUGAGGAGUGUGUGUUACCAUGUGAAUCAAAUCUCCAUGACAUUAUUCACUGGAAUAAGCAGGACAAAACGGUCCAUUCAUUCUACCACCAAAAAGAUCAACUGGAAUAUCAGUCUGCAGAAUACAAAGGAAGAACAUCACUGUUCUCACAAUCUGAAAUCAAUAAAGGAAAUGUAUCGCUCAUUCUAAAACAGAUCCAAAUCCAAGAUGAAGGGAGAUACAAGUGUUAUGCAGCAAGUGAUAAAUUAAACGAUGAAAAAUAUGUUGCUGUCUCGGUUGUAGCUCCUGUCAAAUCAGUGGAUAUCACAUUAAAAAAGGACACAGUCACCUGCAUCACCAGUGGAGUUUAUCCAGAACCAACAGUGUUAUGGUCUUCAGAGCCAGCAGUAGGAGAACCAGGGAACAAUUACAGCAACAAAACAGAUGAAAACCUUUUGGUGGUAACCAGUGAACUUAAAAUAGGCAACAUCAAUGACGACUACACAUACAACUGCUCAAUAACCAAUAAGACAGACAACAGCAGACUUUAUACAGCUACUCUGAAACAGCAAGAAAUCUCAGUGACAGAUGAAGUAACUCUCCCGUGUCCAUUUACUAAAGACAACAACUUCAUCUUAACAUUUUCCACCAAUGUAUUGAGAUAUAACAGUCAAACCUCUGACCAACAAAUCUCUGAUGUGUGGAAAGACAAAGUGAGCUUUUCCCCAGAAGAUGGGACAAUAAAACUUUAUCAUUUAAAUAAAGAGCAUUCAGGAACUUACACCUGUAAAACUACAACAGAUACUACAUUCACUAAACACGUGGUUUCAGGGAAUGAGGAUACUUUUAAAUGUCCAGUCACUGAAGACCACAACUACAAUAUCACCUUGAAUUUUGACACUGCUGUUCUGAGCUAUGACAGCCAAACUUCAACAAAACUGAUUUCUGAUCAGUGGAAGAACAGGAAUACCUUUCCACCUGAAGACACUGGAGUAGUUAAACUCAAUGGUCUCAAUAACAAAGAGCAUUCAGGGACAUACACCUGUAUGAGCUCUACAGCCCAAAAUAAAUACAUCAUACACACUGUAGUAACACUAACAGGUGUGACAGCUAACACAACCUUACUGGCAUCUGUUAUCCCUUGUAUACUUAUAGUCCUUACAUUGUCAGUUGUGAUAAUUUUUCAUAUAAGAAAAAAAAGGGCUUUUCGAAAAGGCAAGGAUGCUGACAAGAGUAAAGCGACAGAGGAAACAAAACUCAAUGGAUCAAAAGAUGCUGACAAGAGUAAAACAACAGAGGAAACAGAAUUCAAUGGAUUAACAGAAGAUGCCAAUGAUGAAACAACAAAACCUUAAUCUGAAACUGCUCAAAGAGGCGUACCCUGAAACUCUGAAAUAAAUAAAUCUGCCUUCCUAAAAAUAAUUUUUGAUUUCUGUCAAGAGUUGAACAUCAACAGAAGAUUUUCCUGAGCAGAAACCCUUCAAAAAACUGUCCUCUGGAGAAACCAUUGAAACAACAGUAACCUGGUUUGUUCAUUUAUCUAUAUGUAGAUUAAAAAACUUCUACAUACUCUACAGUUUAUGAAGAGUCUUGUGGAUGAAACAUAACAAGGAAUUCCAGGACCUGCUUUAUUUAUUAUUUUGUUUAUAUUUAUAUUAAAUAUAAGCAAUAAAGACUGGAGACAAACAAGAUAACAGAGAAACCAGUGAGACUUGAAGUGAUACUCCUUGUACUGUCAAGCCUGUGUACAUAAUUGUCUUUACAUGACUGACCGACCAAGUGUUGGAUUUAUUUGAGCCUAAACAUCUUACUGGAUUCAUUGGACCUUCAAACACCACUGCAGGCAUACUAACCUCCAAGUUGUGAAGCCUGAGAAUACAUUUUUAAUGCUUGAAGGACUUUUUAUUUCCUUUUGUCAUAUUUGACCUCUGUCAGAAGUGGAUGGAUUAGAUUCCAGUCAUACAGAGGCAGUGAGGUGUGGAUGAAACCAGUUUAAGAACAUUCCACUACAACUGACUGUAGAUACAAGAAGUCAACACCGAUACUUCACUUCUUCAUGAGAACAAUCACAUUUUACAAACACUAUGACCAAAAUAUUCUUUAUAUUAUUUGAGCUAUCCAAUAACAUUCUUGCUUUUGUUUUAUUUUAAAAUAUGGUGGUGUUAUGUUUGCUCACGGAUGAGAGCCUGUUUCACUAUAACUUAAAAAACACUACUGGGUAGAGACAAAAUGAAGUUAUUAACACGUUAAUUUGUUUGGGGUGACCAAGGUUAAGGUGGCAGUGUUCACAUUUCUACUUAAAUGAUUCACACCAACUGAGCAAUCACAUCAGAGUUUGUUAUAAUAAAACCAAAUCUGCUGUAAGCGAAGCGAACAAACACACCCUAAAGGUGCUAAUAAUCCAUUGCCAUGACAAGAUCAAAACAUUGAACCUUAUUCCAAUUCCUCAGUAUUUAUUAUAAGCCUAUUGAAGGAGAUGUUUACAGGGGCUAAACUUUAUGGAUUUAUUCAUGUCUGAGGCACAAUCCUGAGCGGUUCCGAUUUUCUCUAUACUUUAAAUCUCGUAAUCUUUAAAUCUUAAUUUUUGCACUUUCUGACACAUUGUCUUGUUAGGUUCUGUUUAACCUGGGUUAUAUUUGCUAUGAAGGAUCAAAUGUAUUAAAAGGAAAUUCUUGUGCUGCUAAACAACAAGCCAUAAGAAAACUUUUAAACCUUGUUAAAUAAUAAAACGAUUAAUAACUUUAACAUGAGACACACCUGUAAAAAAAUCUAAAUAUAAAGAGCACAAGUCAAUGCUUUGAGCUGUCGGUAAUGUUUAUAAAUAAUAUAUGAUUAUAUAUAUAUAUAAAUAUGAUUGAUAAAACAUUUUAUAAUAAAAAGUAAUUAAGUCAAGUGUUUUUUGUCAGACUGAAUUAAGUUUACAUAAAAAUUACUAAAAAAUCGUGCUCCAAAUGUUUUUGCAGUACAUAGUCCCUAAAUAUUUUGGUUGACAGGAGGCGUGUAUGAAGUAUGAAGUUUUUUAAACCUGUGCAACAGGUUUGCCACGUUUACGUUUUUUGUUGUUGUUGUUUUAAAAAAACAAUGCAAUGCAUCACCUAAUCUACAGUAUGUUUUGUAAAGCUCAUACUACUACUCAUGUUAAAAACAACUUCUGUACCCUGCUGUAAAAACCAUAGCAUAGUUCUCAUGCUGGUCUAUGCUGGUUUGGUGCUGGUUUAGCUGGUGGUCACCAGCAUACCAGCACCAAAACACAACAUAUGCUGGUCUUGCUGGUAUGACCAGCAUGGGAUGUUGGUGCUGGUACAGUAUUCUGGUCAUCAACAUACCAGCACCAGUAUCCCAGCCAUUGCUGCUUUUAAAGUGAUUUGUUUGGUCGGUCCACCUGUUGUGUACUCCUGAAUAAAAUCACUUCAUGAAGCGCAAAGGUCUACUGUAUUGUGUGGAGGAAUGUAUUAGAUACAUUUAAACACAAUCGUUGUUCAUUGACAAUUUCUUUUAUGCUCCUGAGUUUUAUGAUACCGCCAGUGACUGUUCUGAUGCAUUUCAGCACCCAUGAACAAUAAAAUCCU